UGAGUCUGAACGCACCAACCGAUCAGACUCACCACUGCAAUCAGCGACUGUCAGGUAACAAGCCGAAUUUCAAAACUCCAAUAUCUUCACUUCACUCUCUUUCUCUCUCUACACAAUCAUCACUAUGUCAUCAUCUCAAUUCGACGAAUCAGUAGUGAGAGAAACCGAUGUAGAGGUAGAAGCACCUGUCGAAUCCGGUUCAGAUGUCGCGUGGGAGAGAACCGGUUCGGAACACGAAAUUGAUCAACCUUCAAGCCCUAGUAGUAGCGGUUACGCUGGCGAAGGAGGUAGCACUAGUGCCACAAGUGCUUCUUCCUUAAUCGAGAUCCAGCGCGAUGAAAUUGAGGAACAAAUGAGAAUUCAUAUCGAUGAAAUCUCAAUUUCCGAUUCCAAUGCUUCCUGGAUUCCCGGUAAACGACACCAAGAUGAAGAUGAUGCUUCAAUAUCGUGGAGAAAAAGGAAGAAGCAUUUCUUUAUUCUCAGCAAUUCUGGAAAACCUAUAUAUUCUAGGUAUGGAGAUGAACACAAGCUUGCAGGGUUUUCAGCAACUUUGCAAGCAAUCAUUUCCUUUGUUGAGAACGGGGGUGAUUCUGUCAAAUUGGUGAGGGCUGGAAAGCAUCAGGUGGUUUUUCUUGUGAAAGGACCAAUUUACUUGGUCUGCAUCAGCUCCACAGAAGAACCGUAUGAGUCAUUAAAGGGGCAGUUGGAAUUAAUAUAUGGCCAGAUGCUUGUUAUAUUAACAAGAUCAGUAAAUAAAUGUUUUGAGAAGAAUCCGAAGUUCGAUAUGACACCCUUACUUGGUGGAACAGACACCAUCUUCUCUUCUCUAAUCCACUCUUUCAGUUGGAACCCAGCUACAUUUCUGCAUGCUUAUACUUGCCUUCCUCUUUCUUAUGCAACAAGGCAAGCUGCAGGUGCUGUCUUGCAAGACAUUGCUGAUUCAGGUGUUUUGUUUGCAACACUAAUGUGCAGGCACAAGGUGAUCAGUCUUGUUGGCGCUCAGAAAGCUUCCCUUCAUCCAGAUGACAUGCUGCUGCUGGCCAACUUUGUUAUGUCAUCAGAAUCCUUCAGGACGUCAGAAUCGUUUUCUCCAGUUUGCUUGCCAAGAUAUAAUCCUUCAGCGUUUUUGUAUGCUUAUAUCCAUUAUUUUGAUGCUGACACAUACUUGAUGUUGCUAACGACUAAUUCAGAUGCAUUUUAUCAUCUGAAGGAUUGCCGGAUUCGUAUUGAAAUGGUCCUUUUGAAGUCAAACGUCCUUAGUGAAGUUCAAAGAUCCUUGCUAGAUGGAGGAAUGCAUGUUGAGGAUCUACCACCAAUACCUCAUUCAGGCCCAUCUCAUUUGGGCCAGCACAUUCCUCCAUCAGAUUCUCCUGAAAGAUUUAAGGAAGCUAAUCAUGACACUGGGGGUCCUGCUGGGUUGUGGCAUUUCAUAUACCGCAGUAUAUACCUGGAUCAAUAUGUCUCGUCAGAGUUUUCAUCAUCAAUUAGUACUCGUCAACAGCAGAAAAGACUGUAUAGAGCUUACCAGAAACUUUUUGCAUCAAUGCAUGAUAAAGGAAUCGGACCACACAAAACUCAAUUUAGAAGGGAUGAAAACUAUGUUCUUUUAUGUUGGGUGACUCAGGAUUUUGAACUUUAUGCUGCUUUUGAUCCCCUUGCAGACAAGGCCUUGGCAAUAAAGACAUGCAACCGUGUUUGUCAAUGGAUAAAAGAUGUGGAAAAUGAAAUAUUUUUGCUAGGAGCCAGCCCUUUUUCAUGGUGAUUUCUUUGCAAAUACUGUAAAAUGUACUAUAAUUUUUAUUUAAUAAAAUUCCUCUAGCAUUUAUUCUUUUUUAAA